AUGGCGUUCCUUUUCAAAAGAAAUCCGAAAACUCCCGGCGAGCUAGUAAGAGCAUUGAAUGACCAAUUGGCCAAGUUGGAUUAUAAAGACGCAACCCAUGACCCUUCUAGUUUCAGAAAAUACCAAGAAGAAGCGGCUAGACACUUGAAGCACGUCAAGGUGUCCAUUUACGGCGACGACGAGAUGGAGAUCCAGCCGGAUCAGGUGCAGCAUAUACUACACGAGUUGUUACUGACGAAUACGUUGUUCCUCUUGACGGUCAAUCUAGCCAAGUUGGACUUUGACUCGCGGAAAGAUGUGGCAAAGAUAUAUCUGGUCCUAUUGCGACGGAAUGGCAGCGGGAGCUUGAAAAUCAUAUCGAAUUUCCCACCACCCGUGGUUGAUUAUUUACUUUACAGCCAGCCCAACAUUUUGACUUGCCUUAUACGUGGGCCCGAGAAUCCAGAAAUCGGAUUGACCGCGGGCCAGAUUCUUCGAGAUUGCAUCAAGUUUGAGACCAUCAACAAAUUUGUUCUAUACAGCCCCGAGUUCUGGAACUAUUUCAAGUAUGUGCAAAACCCCACGUUUGAAAUCGCGUGCGACGCCAUGCUGACCUUGAAUGAUGUUUUAACCGCGCACAAGAAAUUGGUUGCAGAAUUCUUAGCCAACAAUUACGAAGUCUUUAUGACGAAUAUAAAUAACCUAAUAAAGUCCAACAACUACGUGACCAAGCGACAGAGUGUGAAGCUAUUGAAUGAUUUGGUAUCGGACAAGGCAAACUCGCUAUUCUUGAACAAGUACUUUUCAGACACGAAAAACCUCAAGUAUACCAUGACGCUAUUAACCGAGAAGCUGAAAAAUUUGCAAUUGGAAGGUUUCCAUCUACUCAAGUUCUUCAUUGCAAACCCCAAGCGGACCCAGAAAGUGAAUGAUACUUUGAUCAAAAACAAGAGCAACUUUUUGGAGUUUUUCAAAACGUUUGACACGGCGAGCUUUCACGAUUCCAACCUCAACGAGGAAAGAGAUUACAUUGUCAAGGAAAUUGAAAAUCUUCCCGACAAGGCAACUUGCUAG